AGGUGUAAUGGUAAGGGAUUUCACUAAACUGCACACCCUGCCAGACAGCAGCAUUGAUGUUCGGGUGGGGCAGACUUGAUUCAUCUUCUCAGAACACCGAAACAAAUAAUUAAACCGACACACAACUACGAUAAUCUUGUAGGUCUGUAACCAUGUCUGACAAAAGCGAACUGAAAGCAGAGCUUGAGCGCAAGAAACAGCGACUGGCUCAAAUCAGGGAGGAGAAAAAAAGGAAAGAGGAGGAGCGGAAGAAGAAAGAAGCUGAUCAGAAGAAGGAAGCGACUCCACCCCAGGAUGACUCGGACCUGGAGAAGAAGCGGCGCGAGGCAGAUGCUUUGCUCCAGAGCAUGGGCAUUACACCUGACGCUCCAGUUGUCCCUCCACCUAUGUCUCCAUCCUCUAAGUCUGUGAGCACGCCAAGUGAGGCUGGGAGCCAGGACUCUGGUGAUGGCGCCGUUGGAUCUAGGACACUUCAUUGGGACACUGAUCCAUCAGUUCUACAACUUCACUCUGAUCUGGGACGAUGCCCCCUUAAACUUAGAAUGGGCAAAAUUACACAUGUGGAUUUCCCCCCACGUGAAGUUGUAUCCUACACAAAGGAAACCCAGACCCCAGUUGUGACGCAGCAGAAAGAAGAUGAUGAUGAGGAAGAGGAGACUACCCCACUGAAACCGGUAAUAGAACCCGAGGAGGAGAAGGCAGUGCAAAAGGAGGAGAAAGAAGCUCCUCCUCAUGAACUGACCGAAGAGGAAAAGCUGCAGGUUCUCCACUCCGAGGAGUUUCUGUCUUUCUUUGAUCACAGCACCCGCAUCGUGGAGCGGGCCCUCUCUGAACACGUGGAUGUGUUCUUCGACUACAGCGGCAGGGAUUUGGAAGAGAAGGAAGGAGAGAUCCAGGCUGGAGCUAAGCUGUCUUUAAACAGACAGUUUAUGGAUGAACGUUGGUCAAAGCACCGUGUUGUUACCUGCUUGGAUUGGUCGCUUCAGUAUCCUGAACUGCUUGUUGCCUCAUACAACAACAACGAGGAUGCCCCCCAUGAGCCAGAUGGUGUGGCCCUUGUGUGGAACAUGAAAUACAAGAAAACCACACCAGAGUAUGUCUUUCAUUGCCAGUCAGCAGUGAUGUCGGCUGCCUUUGCAAAAUUUCAUCCAAACCUAGUUGUUGGUGGCACAUAUUCUGGCCAGAUAGUUCUGUGGGAUAACCGCAGCAACAAGAGGACUCCAGUGCAGAGGACUCCGCUCUCCGCUGCUGCACACACGCAUCCAGUGUACUGUGUGAAUGUGGUGGGUACCCCGAAUGCUCAUAACCUGAUCAGCAUCUCAACCGAUGGAAAAAUGUGUUCCUGGAGUUUGGACAUGCUGUCUCAGCCACAGGACAGUAUGGAAUUGGUCCACAAGCAGUCCAAGGCUGUAGCUGUCACCUGCAUGUCCUUCCCCCUGGGCGAUGUCAACAACUUUGUAGUGGGAAGUGAAGAGGGCUCUGUGUACACUGCAUGUCGACAUGGAAGCAAAGCUGGAAUCAGUGAGAUGUUUGAAGGGCACCAGGGACCGAUUACAGGUAUCCACUGUCACACAGCAGCAGGACCAGUCGAUUUCUCCCACCUGUUUGUCACCUCAUCCUUUGACUGGACAGUGAAACUCUGGACAACCAAGAAUAACAAGCCACUGUACUCAUUUGAGGAUAACUCAGACUAUGUUUAUGAUAUCAUGUGGUCCCCAGCCCACCCAGCCUUGUUUGCUUGUGUUGAUGGAGUAGGCCGGCUUGAUCUGUGGAAUCUCAACAACGACACAGAGGUACCUACAGCCAGUGUAACAGUGGAAGGAAAUCCAGCCUUGAAUCGUGUGAGAUGGGCACAUUCUGGCAGAGAAAUUGCUGUUGGAGACUCAGAUGGGCAGAUACUCAUUUAUGAUGUUGGAGAGCAAAUCUCAGUUCCACGCAAUGACGAAUGGACACGUUUUGCCCGCACGCUUGCAGAAAUCAACGCCAACAGAGCGGAUGCAGAAGAGGAAGCUGCUGCGCGUUUAUCAGCCUGAUUUACUGGAUAAGAAGCAUAGCUAGAGUAGGGACCAAUAGCAGGUUUUUGUACAACAAAACAAAACAAAAAAACGUAGUUUGUACGGUUAGGUGUACUAGCCACUGUCAAAAGUACACACAAUUGUGUACAUUAAACUUGUUUAUCUUUUUAAGUCUUCCAGCAAGAAUGGUCAGUUUUCUAAUAGACAACACACACAUUGUAUACUUUACUGGGUAUUUAUAAACUUCUGAACUGAACUGAUACUGUGCACACAGGUUUCUAUUUAAAAACAGUUUAAUAGAGCUAUCAAACUGUAAAAACUAAAAUGCUGCCCACAAAUGUAUCAUGUUGGCUUUUGCAUUAAAUUAGCAAAAACUAUUAGGUCAGUGAUUCUGCCAAUUCUACCAAAAUCCUUAAAGCUCAAGAUGUAUUGUCUUGGAGAACUCUAAUUAAAAUGCCAGACUUUGCAUCCUGGCACUCCAGGUUAGCUGCAUAUAUCACUGUAUUGGUACAUAUUCUACUCAUGCUUUGCAUUCCCUGUUUGAGGCUCACUUAAACUAUAGCCAAGACCAUAAUUGCUGUCAUGAUUGAUAAGUGUGCUCACUACCUUUGCUGCUAUGUCCCUAUGAAAAUAUAGUAAUUUAAUCAUUUAUUCAUUAUAUGCAAAAUUGUAGUAUGCUCUUGUCAAAUAACCUAAACUGUUAACCUUUACAAAGUAUGUAUUUUACACAGCAACUUGAAUCCCCUUCUGGAAUUAAUGGAAAGCAGAACCAGACCUACUUUGUAAAAUGUUCCAUUUCAGCUUUGUUGAUAAAGCCAUGUGAUGAACAAGAUGUAAAACACCAGUUUAAAUAGGUAAUAAACUUACACCAUGAAAUAUGAUGUAAACAUUCCCCUGUAAUAAUUAAAAGUGCAUAAAGUAAACAUUUUGGGUAGUUCAUAUGGGCAUGGUGUGAAACAAUAGUGCUAAAAUAACCCCUUAAAUAGGAUAUUAAAACUACAGCAUGAAGAAAACAAUCUGAUCAGGCAGUGUAGUUCUGAUAUUGUUUUUAGUCUGUUUGCAGGUUAUAGCCAUUGAUAUGUGACAUUAUUUAUACCAUGUUUGAUUUUGUUUUGUUCUAAACACCGUUUACUUGACCUGAAUUACAAAAUAUUCCAAAUUAGAAGUAACUUUUUAAAUACACAAUUCAAACAAUGAUUUACUUCAAUAAAAUACAUUACAAGAACAUG